UUUUGCCAUAAAGCAUAAGAAAAAUUUUACUUUAUCAAGAUGGUCGAUUAUAGCAAAUGGAAAAACAUUGAGAUUUCGGACGAUGAGGACGACACACAUCCAAACAUUGACAAGGCUUCGCUGUUCCGGUGGCGACACCAGGCUCGAGUUGAACGCAUGGCCGAAUAUGAUAAGGAGAAGGAGGACCUGAAGCGAAAGCGACAAAGCUACCAGGCUCGCCUCAUGGAUGUCAAGGAGCGUAUCAGCAAAAAAGAUGGCGAUGAAGCGGCACUUAAGAUUGAACUGACUAAAAUCGAAAAUGAUGGCAAAGAACUCGAUCGAUUGGAAAAUGAUAUUAAGAAGAAGGAGAAGAAGACACCGUGGAAUGUGGACACAAUAAGCAAGCCGGGCUUCGAAAAGACCGUAAUUAACAAGAAGGUGCCGCGCCAACCGGAGGAGAAUCUAACCGAAGAGGAGCGUGGACAGCUCAUGAAAGAGUUUGUCAAAGCGAACGAGACUCUGUGCAAGCAGUAUGGCAUGAUGCGUAAAUAUGAUGACUCCAAGCGUUUUCUACAGGAUCACCCGGAGCUGGUGGGCGAGAAUACGGCCAAUUAUUUGGUCAUAUGGUCGAUCAAUUUGCAAAUGGAAGAAAAGCACGAACUGAUGGCUCACGUGGCACAUCAAUGCAUCUGCAUGCAGUACAUCCUGGAGCUGGCCAAGCAGCUAGAUGUGGAUCCACGCUCCUGCGUCAGUUCAUUCUUCACGAAAAUUCAGCAAUGCGGACCAGAGUAUCGUCAGCAAUUCGAGAGCGAAAUCGAGGCGUUCAAAGGACGCAUUGAGAAGCGGGCACAGGAGAAGUUAGACGAGGCCAUCGCACAAGCGGAGGCUGAGGAGCGGGAAGCUCGUAUGGGUCCGGGUGGCUUAGAUCCCGCCGAUGUCUUUGAAUCCCUGCCUGAUGAACUAAAAUCUUGCUUCGAGUCGCGCGAUAUUGAGCUGUUGCAGAAGACAAUUGCCACGAUGCCGGUGGAUCAGGCCAAGUAUCACAUGAAACGAUGCGUAGACUCGGGUCUCUGGGUGCCAAAUGCCGCCGAUGUCGAUCUCUGCACUGAUGAGCCCGAGGAUAAGAGCGAUGAUAAAGAGAAGUCUGAUUCAUCAGCAUCGCCAGAUAAAUCCAGCGAAGUCAAUGCGUCAAAGAAGAAGGAGAAAGAGGAGCCGGAGAAGGAGAAGGAACCCAUUUAUGCUGGCGUUAGCACCGAGGACGUUGACUGAUCGAUCCUCCAUGAUUGAUUGCAUGUUAUACUUUUACGCAAUAAGAUUUAACUUACAGUCUGCAUCCAUUUAGUUUGUUGAGUGGUACAUUAGCAGAUUCAUCCAAGCAUUUUGAAUCACCUUUAAGUGUUGUAUAUAUAAUUUGAGUAAACUCAACCCCCAUUUAAAUUCAUAGUAUUUAGUAAGCUGCUCGGGAACAUUCUAAAUAAAUAUCAAGCAAAUCACGUGCACUUACUCUGCUAA